AUGGCGGUGAGGAUGAACCAGCAGGAGACCGGAGGCUUCAAGCUGCUCCAAGAGGAUGCCCUGGACGACCGGCCGUGUCCAGCGGUCAAGAAGUUUGUCUCCUCUGUACUUGACCGCAAGGACAUGAAGGACCAGGAAGUGGCUAACAGCUUUCGAAAUCUUAUGGAGUACAGGGAUUCGGCAUCCAGUCCGAGUGCCUGCAGCGUUGCCACUUCCUCGUCAGUUCUGGAUGGAGAUCGGCUGAACUCACCCCGAUCACCCUCCUCUCCUACCACAGCACCAGGCCCGAUGGAUGACCAGCGACUGCCCAAUGAACUGCUGGAUGAAAUCUGUGAGGAUAUUGGCAUGAAGGAGGGCAUGGAGCUGGACUUUGUGGAGUACCUCAUGGAGCAGGACACCAACCCACAACUUUACAUGACCCAAGAGGCCAUCUCUUCUGGAGCUUUCAAUGGGUGCUGCCUUGUUUUAUUUUAUUACCUAUGUGUGCUGUCAUUAUCUUUGUUUGUUACUGGUACCUUUGUGUGCUGUCAUUAUCUUUGUUUGUUACCAUUACUUUUGCUUCCUGUUUUUACCUUUAUAUACUGUCAUUACCUUUGUUUUGUUACCAUUACUUUUGUUUUCGGUUAUUACCUUUGUGUGCUGUCAUUACCUUUGUUUGUUCCCACUCCCUUUGUGCUGUCUUUAUGUUUGUGGAUUGGCCCACCACACACUCAGGUAAAUCACAGCACUCAAGGAGCUUUCUUCACCAAGGGGAUGUACCCAGGAGGACCCUUCCAGCCUCAUCACCAACCCCAGCAAAUCCGCCAUCACCCUGGCAUGGGUCAUGGGCACAUGGGUCACAUUCCCGGACCCACAGACCCCCACCACCCCUCAGUUCCCACACCUGUGGAUUCCCCGCUAGACCAAGGUUACUUCUCAAAUGAGUCAGCAGGUAACUGUAGCAACGGGUCUGCUCCCUCCCCUGCCUUCACCUCCUCGUCCAUGUCCUCGUUUUCAUCCAUCUCCACAAUCAUGCCUGCAGACCAUAGCCAGAAGACCUCCCUCAUCCACCACCAACAACAGCAGCAGCAGCAGCAGACAGCACCUUCAGGUAUUUCAAACAGUCGGCCAUCAGGGCAGAAGUCUGUUCAUUUCGCUGACCUGCCAAACGGUAGUCCCCCAGCAUACACAGGCCCCAGCACCCCCUCAGACUGUGCCUUUGAGAUGGAGACUAAUGGUCAGCCCAAGAUGUUGCCCUCUGGAAAGAUCAUGCCCCGGUUCCACCACAGCAUGAAGUCUGGAGUGGCUCCCUACACCGUCCCAAACAACCAGGGCCAGGUCAUUGGGCCGCCUGUACCUUCAGGGUAUGAUAUGAAUAACCGGCCCAGCUGUGCCAUGAGCCUGCCGGGCGAUAGCUCCAGCCCGGGUGAACCCAUGCAGGAGUACAUGGCCAAGUCUGGACACAUCAAUGGCAGCAGCAGUAGUGCCUUCUACAUGGACGGUAACCAGAAUAUGUUGAGGAUGGAUUCUAUGCAUGACUACCCUUCGGUGCCCCCUCCUUUAAUAUCGCCACAGCCUAGUGACUAUGUCAACCUGCAGGCAGAACAACCUCACUACGGAAUGAAUCAGUUUUCUUCUAUGCAGCAACAGCAACAGUCAGCUCAUUCUCAGCAGUCAUCUCAUCCCUCUUCAUCUGCAGAAUCUAUGCCUCCUCUCCAGACACAUCCUCACCUGCAGUCAUCGCAGCAGCAGCAGCAUCACCACCAUCACCACCACCACCAUCAUGACCAGAAUCACCCAUUUUCUAGUUGCUCUUACUCCACACAAGGUAUGCCCUCGGAGCUCCACCCACCUCAUCAGAACAGUAUGCAGAUCAGCCAUGAUGGUAGUUCUAGCGGAUACCACGUCCCUCUAGCUGUGUCCACACCCAUGUCCAGCAGGACGGGUCCGAACACGCGACUUGGAGCACAGUACCCAGGCCAGAUAUGUUCACCUGUGUUUGAAGGCUCCUAUGAACAGAGUUCUCGCCCAGAUAUGUACCCCCCUCAGCAGCCUCAUGGAGUGAUGCCUCCUUCUCAGGGUGUCAUGAGCAGCCAGCAAGCGUCUUCCAUCCAGAGAGGCUGGGGACCUGAAGACCUGCGAGUUCAAGUUGGAGGCAUGCAGCCAAACUUGAGCCCCUUGAAAGGGGGCCUGCAGCCCGCACACUCUCAAGGUCUCCCACACAUGCAGCCUAGCCCUACCCCUGGCUGUGCUGCCCCGAUGGGCCCAGGAUCUCACAUACAAGACAUGAAUAUGGGGCCCUCUGGUAUACAUGUCAACCCUAACAUGGGGCCCUCUCAACCACACAUGGGGCCCCAUCCAGAGUACGGCCCAUGCAUGGGUAUAUCCUGUAACUUUUGUAAAAUGAACCAAGCUGGCAGCCAGCCCAUCCCGCACCCCCACAUGGGGCCUUGCCCCAGCCCCAACUGUCAUAUGUGUAAAAUGAACCACCCAUGUGCGGUCCCCCAGCCUGCGACAGCACUAUCUCAUGGGGGGCCUUGUGCCGGCCCAGGCUGCACGGCUUGUAAAGUCAGCCAGUCCGUUCGGCCCCAGAUGUUGUCCUCCCAACAGAAGUUUAUCCAGCACCUCAUUAUGGACGAGGCCAACUCCGCCUACCGCUCCCAUCCGCUGUUCCCACUCCUUCGGGACCUGGUGAUCGCAGAAAUGAACUUUGACAACCCCAGGUUCCACUAUCAGCAGUUACUGAGCUUGCUGCCUCAUGAUUUUCACAAACUGCUGCAAAACUUUCUCCAUCGCAACCCUCCCUCAGGGCACUACCAGAGCAACCAGGCCGUCGAGAGCGUCAUCAUGGACAGUUUGAGGCUAGCACACAGCAAUCUUGUGGAUAAGAUCACACACAGACAAGAGAUGGAGAAAAUGAAGGCCAACUCCUCAGCCUCCUUGAGAUCAAUGGAAGAGUUCUGUCAGAAGUUUGACCACUCCGUCACCGGGCCAAUGCAGGGCAGGUCAGGACCUAAUGGUGCAAUGGGUUUAACUCAUCCGAUGGCUGGAUAUCACGAGGGAGGUUACAUCCAGCAUGGGAUGAGCCAUGUGUACAGAUCUAUGAAAGAUGGGCCUGACGUCUACGGGGAGGCUGCCCUGGGGGUUGCCAGUCCACAGACCAACAAGACCGAGUCCAAGAAACAUCCUAGCUUGCCCAAAGAGGCGGUGGCUAUGAUGAUGGAGUGGCUUCGCAACCACAAGGACAACCCCUACCCCAACGACGACGAGAAGGCGAUGCUGAUCAAACAGACAGGCCUGUCUAUCAACCAGAUCAACUACUGGUUCACCAAUGCUCGGCGUCGCAUUCUGCCCAAGUGGGCCCAGUGCAAGACAUAG